UGAACGCGUCAACAGCGACCUGUCAAACAACAGAAACGCCAUCUUGACAGCACCCUCAAAAUGGCAGGAAGAUGUGAGCCCGAAACGGAGUCCCCGCAGCGACACCGCAACUCUGAAGCAUAAAAUAGGACUUGUUUUCCCCGCAGGCGGACGGUUAUGGGGUUGUUGAGCGGCGCCGCAGCACAAAGCCUCUAAAAUGGAUAUAAACACGGCGGUUUUCUGCGCGGCCAGAGAGGGUAAGCUAAAACUUCUCCAGAAGUUGCUGAGCAACAAAAGUCCAGAGGAGCUGGAGGUUUUGGCCGGGGAGAAAACGCAGGGAGGCACCGCAUUGCUGAUCGCCUCCCGGAACGGACACUUGGAGGUGGUGGACUACCUGGUGGCUCACUGUAAGGCGAACGUGGAGCUCGGCGGCUCCGUCAACUUUGACGGGGAGACCAUCGAGGGGGCUCCGCCGCUGUGGGCGGCUUCGGCCGCCGGUCACCUCCCGGUGGUGAAGACGCUUCUGAAACACGGCGCGUCGGUGAACAACGCCACUCUGACCAAUUCUACGCCGCUCCGCGCCGCCUGCUUUGACGGUCACCUGGAGAUCGUCCGCUACCUGGUGGAGCACAAAGCCGACAUGGAGGUGGCCAACCGCCACGGUCACACCUGCCUCAUGAUCUCCUGCUACAAAGGCCACAAGGAGAUCGCCAAAUUCCUCCUUGAUCGAGGUGCGGACGUGAACCGCAAAAGCGUGAAGGGGAACACCGCCCUCCACGACUGCGCAGAGUCCGGGAGCCUGGAGAUCAUGAAGAUGCUGUUGAAGUGCAAUGCCCGAAUGGAGAGGGAUGGCUACGGAAUGACCCCCCUGCUGGCUGCAAGUGUCACGGGUCACACUAAAAUCGUGGAAUAUCUCGCCCACCAGCCUUGGACCUCCAGAGAGGAGCGCAUUGAUGCUCUGGAACUGUUAGGAGCCACCUUUGUGGACAAAAAGCGAGAUCUGAUGGGGGCCAUUAGGUACUGGAGGAGAGCCAUGGAGCUGAGGCAGCCAGGGGACCAAGCCGGACCGCUGGCCAAGCCUCCACCCGGACCCCCGAUCUCUGCGUAUGGCUGUGCACAGGAGGUGAGCUCGGCAGAGGAGCUGGAGGCUUUGAUCACAGACCCAGAUGAAAUGCGGAUGCAGGCUUUGUUGGUCCGGGAGCGCAUCCUCGGGCCGUCCCACCCAGACACCUCAUUUUACAUCCGCUACAGGGGCGCUGUGUACGCCGACUCUGGCAACUUUGAGCGCUGUAUCAGCCUGUGGAAGUAUGCCUUAGACAUGCAGCAGAGCAACCUGGAUCCUCUGAGUCCCAUGACGGCCGCCAGCUUCCUGUCUUUUGCAGAGCUUUUCUCUUUUGUUCUUCAGGACAGGUCCAAAGGCACGCUGUCGACUAGCAUCACCUUCCAGGAUCUGAUGACUGUGCUGGUGAAGAGCGUGAGGGAGGUUGAGAGGGCCGUGGCCCAGAGGGAUAGCCCCCCAGAGGCCCCCCAGUUCACCAAGGCCCUCUACAUCAUCCUCCACCUCAUUUUUUUACUGGAGAAGCUGGAGUGCACGCCGGAGCAGGAGCACCAGAAGAAGCACACCGUGUACCGGCUCCUGAAGCUGAACCCCAGAGGUCGGGGCGGCUUCACUCCCCUCCACAUGGCGGCGGACAAGGAAACCACGUCGGUGGGCCGCUACCCUGUGGGCCGCUUCCCCUCGCUGCCGGUGGCGGCGCUGCUCCUGGAAUGCGGUGCAGAUGUGGAUUCACGCGAUUGUGAGAACAACACGCCACUGCACGUCGCAGCGAACAAUAGCUGUCCGGAGAUCAUGGCGCUGCUCAUGAAGGCCGGCGCCCACUUUGACACCACAAAUGCACAGAAGAAGAUGGCCUGCGAGCUGCUGGACGAGCACAGCGGCGGGCACCCGGCUCUUUAUACUUUAAACUACAUCACCCUCCAGUGCCUAGCGGCGCGGGCGAUAGAGAAGCACAGGCUGCCUUACAGAGGACUGAUAUCUAAAGAAAUAGAGGCUUUUAUUGAGCUGCACUGAGACGCAUCAACACACAUUGACACAAUAUGUCAAUCGUUUGCCCGUCUUUGUCUCCGCCUCUUGCUUGUACCAACUUUGACCAAAAAUCACAGCAAUAAAAGCCUCUCGGCUUGCGUCUCCGGCGAAAGGUGGCUUCAAAAGUGAGCGUAGCUUCCUGUCAAAAUAAAGCGUUGGUUGGCUUUUCCUGGCUGAUGGUGCUCAUGUGACCGCUCAGCCAUACGAUAGGGGAGCAUUGUCACUGAUCCUUUUGAACAAAGUAAAAAUGAAGGGGAAACUUUGACUUAUUUUCAGAUUUAUUGAGUUGGGGAAAACAUUUUUUUUUUUCAAAAAAGCAAACUUCCUCAUUUAUUUAUUUAAAUCCGCCAGCAGGUAUUUCUUGUCUGGUUCACCCAUGGAGCUAAAACGACUGUGCCAUACAUUCUUUUCCUGGAGGUAAACUGAUGAAGACGUAUCGCCUUACACUGCGGGCCGAGGUCAUAGUAUCAAUAACUGCAGUUUCUUCAGAUUUCACACUGUGAUACCUUUCCACCUCCUGAAGCUUUGUUACUUGAAAAACUGGAGAAGUGGUAUCAGCUGGACUCGGUAAAAACAUGGCGUUUAGCAUCUUCCACGCCAGGUCUUGCUGUUUGAAUUAACCCAGUUGUUUUUCAAUAUUUAUUGCCUGAACUGAAUUUUACAGACUAGAACUGAGGCCGAUGUAUUGACACUUUAUUGACAAUAUUUAAUUCCUGCUUUCGAAGAGCUUAAGAGUGCUCGCACCCCCAUCUCUCGUCUGCUUUUCUUAAUUAAGAAAGCACAUUAAAGUCAGAGGCGUCUCCGUCUGCAGUAGGAGACAGCAGCAGCACUUCUAGCCUUGAUGUUUGCUGUUAGGAAAAUAAAAGCCCAAGAUUGAAUUCUGAAAGAUUCCCUGAAAGGUUUCCUUUCAGAGGGAGUUUUGUGUUAAACCACAAAAGUACUUCCUAAAGCCGAAGCGGAUGGAUUCUCAUCCACUUUGACAUCAAUUUGUCUUAUGUUUAAUGUACUCUCUGUUGUCGUCCUGUGUUACUGUUAAUGUUUUUGUUUUGUGCUAAGCACCACCUAUUUGACCGCACAGAAAGCUCUAUAAAAUAUGAAAUACUUCCACUGAGGCGCUGAACUACCACUGCCUUCCUCCUCUGAAGGAUUUAACCGGUGAUAACAUGAGAGCAAAGGUGUGCAGGUUACCUGAAUAAAAUUCUGUAUCAGGAGAAAAUGUGUGUGAAGGCUUUCAUCUCAGGUCAUUUGGGGGGUUUUCUUUGACAUAUUUAAAUCUUUUUUUUUGCAGAACACCGACCAAUCCGGCGAUCUUUCUCCAUAGAACAAGCUUUAGAUUAGCUCGCAUACGUCCGGGGAUGCUGGGAUAAAGCACAACAGAAACGUGAUCGUUCCCAGCUCCUGAAUUUUAAAGUAAAAAUAGUGUAAUUAACGUCACUGCUGCAGGGCAGGGGAAGAGGCAGGGCGACCGGCCUGCUAAUUUUAGGAAUCCCGUCCUUGGUUCAUCUCUGAAAAUGGGAAUACUGUAACGCAAUACAGUCAAGGCGCUUGCAGGGUGAGUGGCAGAGACAGCUCAGACUCAUUCUAACAGGAAACAGACGUGGUGUCAGGUGCUCACUGCUGCAAGCUUAACUAAAGAUAAGCAUUAUCUGUUGAUGUGCUAUUUAUAUGGCAAGUUACAUCUGGACCGAACUGGUCGGCACCACUUUGUAAAUUCUGCUUUAUGUUUUCAUGACAUCGAGUGAUGCAGUUCAUAGUUCUGAAAUAUUUUAUUUUGUAGAACUACAGGUAUAGUUGGUUAAAUCAGCUGCAAGUUUUUUUUAUCCAGAAAACCAAAGUUUAAAUUCGAAAAUAAGUCUAAGUUUGUUUUUUUUCUCCCAGUGACGUUGAAGCUUUACUAAACAAUAAAAAAAGAGCAUUUUGGAUAAGUCAUGCGGAGAAAAACAUUUGAAAACACAUAAAGUAUUUUAGGUUUCUGAGAAAACUAAGUGCUAGAACACAAAUGUUUCCUCCCGGAAAAGUGUUUGGGCUUUAAGUACAGAAGACUGUUAUAGUCACUGGCCACUAGAUGUCACAAGUAGCAAGGACAUUGAUUAAACUGGAACCCUUUGUCCUGUAAGAACACUUGAAAUGAAAAAACAAUAAAUGGUGGAAUUUUUAUUCCCUCCAUCUUAAAUAAGUUUUUAUCUAGAUGAAAAUAAAUGAUGUGCAUUUAAACAAAACUUGAACCCAAUUAUCAUUAUAAAGAUGUUAGUAAUCUGGAUUUUUCCCCUUCAAGAGUUGCUGUUAUCAGCAAGGUCUGUUUGUUCCAGGUGGAAGGUAUAAUGCUCUUUGUGAAGGACAGACUGUUAGCACAACCUUCAGAGCACUUCUCUGGCGUUUUCGAAUGUGCCCGUGUGCCAUUAUCUUCCAAAUCCUACAGUAAAACUAUGGAACACGUCUAUAGAAAAUAUUUAAUAUAUGAAACACAACCUUCUGUUCAUCUUCUGUCGGGGAAUGUGACUCCACACAAGCAUUGCACUUCUACUCAUGUUCUGAUUCAUGUUUGUGUUGUCAUGGUAAUGCAUAUCAAGGAUUAUACAGGGGUUGGAACCGAAAAAUCAUCUUUUAUUUUUGCAAAGCCACUUUAAUCUUUUCAUCGUUGGAUAAACAGGACAAACCCAGAAAAGGCUUUGCUCAGUUUGAUUAUUUCAAAGCAGAUGAUCUGUUUUAAACGAGUCGUCCAUUUUGGAUGACAUUUAGUAUGAAUAUCGUGAAAAAAGUCUAUUAAAGUUGACAAAACUCA